AUGGCUUCGCCUCCAAAUGGCGUCUAUUUCCCUUCCUUGGAUGAGUGCCUGAAGGGAGACAAGCUGGUCUUAUCCUGGAAAUUGGUCGCCUCAGCUCUCCAAGAUGCCUCCACCGAUCGCCUUACCAGCCCAUGCCUGAAAGACUUUCUUCAAGACCGUUACGUGACAGACCUGAUCCGGUCUCCCGCCACGGCAUUCACCAAACCGACUCCUCAGUCAAGAGCCGAUUUCGAGACCAAGACUGCCGCCAUACACGUCACUCCUACGCCUAAUGAGAAGUAUGACAUCAAGGCCAUCAAGGAGGACUCGUUGUGGUUGAGCAGCAGCGUCGGGAUCAACGAGGUUGCAGCUUUGCGCAUCGUCGUAAUCGAAUUCCAGAACAGGCCGCAGAGCUAUCUCGCCGGGCCUUUCUCCGCCCAGGACAUAAUAAAUCUUCACCAAGCCGUCGGUGCUGAUGGAACGCAAGCAAACACACUUCUGGCUUUCGUCAACGCCGCCGACACGGCCGAUGCUGACACCAUCUGGGCCGAUUUCAACACCCAGGCGGGCAGACGCCGCCGCCUUGUCGACCUGUACAUGUCCGAGCGGCGCUAUCUCAUGGCUUUUGUCGACGGAGUCCUCAACCUGAUCUUGAACGAGACACUCUCGGAGAUCAAUGAAGUGAAGGCAGAGCUAUCAGCGCAGGUGCUGAUGACCAUCUUUGGCCAACGACUGUUGAAGGACGUGAGGAAUGACACACGCCAGCUUGAGAAGCUUGUUUCUACAUAUCUUGAGUUGGUCCCCGAGUGCCUGACGAGUCCGGACUCCGCCUUGCGGGCCUCAGUGAAGGAUGUAAAGGUCCACCCCGAAGAGCUGGAGCUUGUUUGGACCAGAACAUCCCUCACAGAGACACUGCAUCUCUUAGCCUCGAUUUUCCGAAUCAUCGACCUCUCCUCAGUCUUUCUCUCUGCCGACAUUGUUUCCCGUUGGUUCAGAUUCGUCGACGCAUACGGCUUUCUCGAUCAGCUGCAAGGGUCUGACGAUCUUACAGCUGAAGUGAUACAGCCUAUAAAGCACUUGAUUUGCAUCAUUUCCAUGAGGAUUCUGAACCUUCCCAGAGCAAUAAUGUUCCUUGACGGCGAAAUAUCACUUCAAGUCAAUGAGGAUUCUUACUUUACUUCUGGUUCCACCUUGAAGGAAAUACACGAAUCGGUUGUCAACGCGGCUAACGCAAGUCUGCUCACAUCCGGCCCGGUAAUCUUCUCCUGGGCCCUGAUAUUGCAGCGCAUGCUGCGCUCGCACCAUGAGCGGCUUGAACUGAGGGAUCUGCAGCAAAACCGACAGGCCCAGGAGGGUUUCGAACGCGAAUUGGAGCAUGUCGAGGAACGCCCGGGAGUAGGCAGGCGCUCAUCUGCUGGAAGCGUUGUGUCUAUGGAAACACAGUCCUAUGACCAGUUUUUGAGUACUUCCUUCGCCUCAAAUUCGCUGCAAUGGGACUUGCAGGAGGUUGAGAAUUUGGCUGGGGCAGUGACUGCUGGCGGCCAGCUAUACGACUUCAUGACCGACAUGGCUCUCAGUAUGGGCGGGGCUCAGAAUGCUGCUUUCCGCCCGUCUCUAGGGUCAAGAGUCCGUCAUGUCCUUCUCGACUUCCUGAAGUUCAGCUUUCCGGUGACCGGCUACAUAUCGGAGCCUGUCACUACAUUACUUGCGGUACUCUCCGCCGGCCAGGGAUAUUGGGACAUCCCGGAAAAGAAGUCUUUGUCGCUAAGUGACGAUGUUGUGGCCGUGGCUCUCGACGAUCCACUCAUCCUUCAGUUUUACAUUCUGCAAGCUUUGCAAAGAUACCCAUACGAAUUUCUUCCCUUCACCAGUCUUUGCAAGAUUUUGUCGACGUGUCUGGCUGAAGACGAUCGUUCGGGUCUCAUCUUGAAAUCUCUGCUCAAGACCCCGACCCUGACGCUUCCUUUGCCCGAUCCGUAUUGGCAAUUCACGGCAGAUGAGGAGGAACUGGGCAAGUUGGAGCUUACCCAAGACUUCCCACUAUUCGCUGUAUCACCCAAUCGCAAACGUCUUAUCGCAGACGAGGAGCCCUUUUGCAUUCCUGCCGGAACAUUUGGAAACCUUGCCUCUGACACCGGUCACAUAGCGCAGGUGCAGUUCGAGCACUCCACCAUUGCAUUGCUGGGGAAACGGCUUGAGGCCAAUCUUGCACCCGAUUCAUACGAGCUGGCCCUCGGCCCGCUCCAAGCCGAUGAACUCGCUGAGACAGUGUCUCUUUUGGCAACAGCAAUCCGUUGCGAGAAUAUAAAGGCGUCCGCAAAGAGCAGUUCGUCGAGUGCAGACGUCGAGGCUGGGCUGGCCAUUUUACAGGAAGCUAGCCGUGCUCUACCGCGCACGAAAGAUAUCGUCAGUGUGAUCUGCGACACCCUCGACUACUAUGUGGAUGGCGAAUUGGCGAACCUGGAGGCUUCUCGUAUACGCGUCAUGACCACCUGCCUUCAGUUCCUAGAUUCGAUAUUAUCGAUCUGCCCAGGCCGUGUAUGGUCAUACAUGACCCGCUGUGAUCUUUUGAUUAGCGACUCAAGGGCAGGAAGGCUGUCAAGGAUCACUGGAACGCUGGACCUCGUCGAUGAAAGAUUCGAGCUCCUAUCAACGGUGGUGAAGUUCUUCUCCAACCUGGUCGCAAAUGCAAUGAAGGGCACCAUUCAAAAGAAAAUUGGCAGCAAGGCCAGCGGGCGCUCAGUCGAAAAGGAGAAUCCCUGGCUAGGAACCUCUGACAAAGCCAUGGUCCAAGUCAAUCUGUCAAUAGCUCAUACCGCUAUUGAUAUACUCGAGAACUCACUGACAUGGCGUUUUUCAUCGGAAAUUCACCGGAGCAUCCUCGUCGGUGAUUUGAUUCCGGUAUUGGACAACAUUGUCACCUAUUCGCUCAGCGUGAGUGCAUCGGACAAGUCCAACACCCUGACAGCGUUUUUGGAACCUGCAGCACAGCAUAUCGUCGAUGGUUUCCUGUCCUCUUCGUCCUCCUCGCUUAGAUUUCAACCACUUCUUUCGUCGAUGCUUGUCGCACUUGGAAUGCCAGACUCGUCACUGUACCCCAAACGGUCGGAGAUCAUAUCGAAACGCCAAGUUGCGGUUCUGGACUUUGCAACGACACUGGUCAGGGUCGCAAACUAUCUCGGGAAGCCGACAGUCGCUAUUGAGGAUCAGAUCCUCAAGUGUUCGUCGCUACUGGCUCGCCUCUGUGCUACAGAUACAUCCUACAAGAACUCGGUGCUAUCCCUCCUCGGGGCAAUGGCAGAGAGACUCGGCCGCGAAGACACCGAGGCACCGUCCCUGCUCGGAUACUUGGGUCCCCAUAUAUCACGCUCAUUCUUGCAGACAAUUUCACAAUUGGACAAGCCGUUUGAGAGACCGGCAGUGUCCAGGAAGACAUGGAAAUUCUUCUCUACUAUCAUGCGUAAUGGACAACACUGGAUGGCCAACUGCCUUUUAACGGGCAAAACGCCGCGCGAAGCUUUGGGCAACGAGGGAAAACUGUCCAAAUUAGCACCGGACUCCAUCCUCAGAACAGCUUUGACACGUUUGCGAUCUAUUCGCACUCUGUCCACCUCAGAGACACUAGCAAUCUUGGAUCUGUUAACGUCUGCCCACAAUUUCUGGCAAUGGACCGUAUUUGCGUCUCAAGAGGAUAACAGCUGCCUGGCCGAGCUCCGAGCUUACGUUCGCCAGCUCAAAUCAGCCUCUGUGACAGCGAAAGUCAACCCCAGCCAGGCUUGUGAUGAAGCUCGCAUCGCGGCUUACAUUGCAGAGGCGCUCGCAAUGCAUCUAUACCACCUACGAAAAACAGGGCGAGAGGAGGAAUUUGCUCAAGAGCUCGUUAAUGAUGUCGACUACUACCUACGUGAAGGUGUGACAGUGUCCGGCUACAACAGCUCCCUACAUGCCAAUUUUGCCAAAAACUUCUCAAAGCAAUACCCUGGCUUCUCGUUGGAAAGCUUUCAACGGACACUAUUGAUACCGAGGGAACUUGGUGACGAAUAUUACUAUGCCCUCAAUCUUGCAGACAAGAUGUUGAGGUUUGACCCUGGGUGGGCCGGACCACGAGAGAGAAAUGGCUUUCGGCAUGAGAUGGCAGCGGCCAACCUUAAUCUCUCUCUCGUGGACGCACAAAUCAUGAUGCAAGUCACGGAGCAAUGCCUGGUCUCUAACCAGGGUAAUCAAGGCCCUGAACGCAUCUUCCAGAGGAUCACACAAUCUCGUGCGAACCUGGCCAUGGUACUCGUACAACGUCUCACCGAUGCUUCUCUUGUGGCAAAAGACAUUGCUGAAUUACUUGAGGUCAUAUGGACAACUCUCAAUGGCAUCGAUAACCCUUUCACGCCUGACCAGAUUCAAUACUGGAGGACGAUGUUGAGAAUGCUCUAUGUUGUGUUGAGGGGCUAUCGAACAUCACCCGCCGCCGAUGGAAUAGAAGCUGAAGGUGGGGCGCAAAAAACAACCCGGUCAAGGCCAGCGCAGCGAGUCCGGGAGAUCAACACCGAUGGUGAUAGAAUUGUCGAGGUAUUGCAGUGUGUGCUGAACAUUCUUCAACGCGUCGUGGCUCAAGGCUUCCGGUCGCUGGUUGCGCUUAUACACGACCCGGUUGUCGCAGUUCUCCCCGAAGAUCUGGCCCUCCUUACUGCUAUACUGCAGGCUUGUUUGUGCUUGCCAGGCAUUGACCAGGUCUCCGGCCAGGUUCUCAACAUCAUGAUAUCUGAGGACGUUGGACAGGCUGCGACAUCUCUCCUCUCAUGGGCUGACAAAUUGGCCGUGAAAGGUGACCCAGUCUAUGGCGAACUGAGCAUCUUGUUCCUCCUUCAACUAUCUAACGUCCCUGUUAUCGCCGAACACCUCGCAUCCGACGGUCUUCUUGGCCAGCUUACGUCGGCCAAUAUCACGACUCAUAUUCAACGGCCGAAUGUCUCACCCUUCGCAGAUAAUGUUGGGGCGCAACGAUGCUACGAUAUCUGGGCAAAGGGAAUUCUGCCGUUGCUGCUUAACGUGCUGUCAGCGCCGGGUCUAGGCCCCAACGUAGCCACUGAGGUUGCCUGCGUUCUCAACCAGUUCCCCAACCUCCUUCAUAGCAGCGUCGAUCGCAUAGAAGCUCCUGGGAUGAGCAGGACUACGACCCGCGGAAGCUCCCAAUAUGUGACUUUGCUCGGCGUGUCAGAAAUCAACUCCCUUGCACUUCUAACACAGGUUUUGGGAAAAUACAGGUCGGAAUUCAACCAUGAGAUCCCUGAGGUAUCGUGGGACUCGGCCACCGCGCUCGAGAAUGUGGAUUACUGGUUGACGAGCCGUAAGAUCCUGCGGGAGCGGCUCUUGCCCCUGGGCCAGCGCGAAGCUGAUUGGAGGACCAUGAAGACGGGGAUUGAGGAGGUUAGUGUGCUAGAGCAGAAGGUGGUGUCCCUGCUGGAGACGGUGAAGGAGGUGCUAGGUGAUGAUUCAGAAUAG